UCCGUCGUCGUCGUUGUCCUCCACCUCAACAACGUGCUCGACUUGUCGUAGUACAGCAGAAGUAGCAGAAGCGGCAGAGAGACAGAGCCACAGUAAAAGAGAGAGAGAAUGGCCUCGACGCGCGCUCCCACUUCCAAGCUCGUCCAUGCGGCGUAUGUCGCAAAGGCCGCCGCGCGGAUGUCGGCGCCCGAGCAAACCAAAGCGCUGACCAAGCAGCUCGCAGCCAAGUUCCCGGGCCCGCCGAGCCCGCUGCACGUCGUCCGGCUCAAGCGCUCGCCCAUCGGCUGCGACGACAAGCUGCGAUCCACGCUCAAGCUGCUCCGCUUGACCACCCUGCAGGACGUCUCCAUCAAGUUCAACUCGCCGAGAAACAAUGGCAUGCUGUUCAAGAUCCGAUCGAUGGUCGAGGUCCUGCCGCUCCGCAUCGUCCAGAUCAAGCGCGAAGACGUUGUCCACCGCGCCAUCUCGUCCCACAUUGCCAACCAAAUCCCUGGCUACCUCGGGGCAAACGGCAUCUUUUACUUGUUUGAAGACGAAAACAAGGCCCCGGCGGCAGAUCUUCAGCCCUUCAUCACCAAGCUGGACGGCUCGCCCGCCUUCCCCGAACAGCUCGCCAGCUUCAACAAGCGCUGCAAGACGGUUCAAGAACGCAAUCGCGUGGAUAUUAAGGACGCCGUCCGGUUGAUAUCCAACCUCACUCCCCAGACGGUGGCUGCCGCAACCGAGCUUCUCGCGGAAGGAAUGGUCCCCACCGAAGUCAAACGCGAACUCAGUGGCACCACGGCGGUUCAUGUUGUCCCUAACGCCAAUGGCGAACUCGGUGACACCAAGAAGGCGGUUGACCUUGCCGGCAAAAAGGCUCCAAAGGCAUCAUCACGAAAGACUGCCAAAAAGGCACCAAAGGCGCCGGCUGAAGCAACACCCGAGACUGCCAAGGCAGCACCAGAGACUACCGACGGAGCACCAGUGGCCGAUCGAUGAGUUGUUGCGUCUUGGCUGUGCCUGUAAACAACAACAAGAGCAAUACAUGCGUUGGUGUUUGAUUUUUUUUUUUCGUUUUCUCUUCUUUUGAUCGAUUUUCUCGCGCUCUCUCU